UUGAGGCCCAAAUAUUGAAAAACACAACCAAUGGUGGCUUCGAAAAGUUUGAGGUUGUCUCUGGUUCUUUCUCUGUCUGUCAAAAAGCACACUAACCUCAGCUACGGUUAAUCAAACCGUUUGAUUCGUUGAGGUAAUGGCGUUUUUGCAUCGAAUCGAAAAAUCUAAGUUCAAAACUGCAUACUUUCAAUUUCAUAGAUGUUACACUCUUCUUCCUCAUGGUUCUUUCUCCAAUUCUACCCCUAAAACUCAUCCUAUGUUGAUGCCAAAUCCUUAUUCGCUUUUCUAUGACAAACCCUCAAAUUUUCUCAAUAGUGUCAGGUUUUAUGCUGUUCCUGCUAAGUUUCAGGUAAAGCCCAAUAAAGAGGAGGAUGAUGAUGAUGGGCCACGGUUGAAUGAUCAGGUCAAAGCUAGACAUAUCAGGCUAGUGGGGGAUGAUGGAGGACACUCAGUGGUGUCAAGGGUUGAAGCACUGGCACGUGCCAAGACGCUUAAACUUGAUUUAGUUGAGGUUGAUAGAAAGGCUAAUCCACCUGUUUGUAAAAUCAUGGACUACCACAAGGAAUUGUACAAGAAGAAAGAAAGUGAGAAGGAGCGUGCUAAAAGCAAGUCUGAGAUGACAAUGCGAAAGGAAACUAAGGAAUUACGAAUUUCUGAAAAAACUGAAUCAAAAGACCUUAAGAUGAAAUCAGACAUGGUUAGAAAGUUAAUGGAGAAGGGUUAUCGGGUGAAGGUCAAGGCAACAGGCAAGAUAGAUCAGUCCAUGAAAGACUCAUUAUCUCGUCUUUUGGCUCUGAUAGAAGAUGUUUGUGUUGUGGAAUUCGCACCAGAUGAGGCAAAAAAAGAACCUUAUAUGAUAGUAAGACAUGUUAAAUAUGGACCACCUAAGAAAGGUUUGAAAAAAUCAACAGAUGCCGCACAAUUGGAUGCAAAGGCCGAGGAGGGUGAUGUGGAACCAUUAACUACCAAUACUAGUGAUUCUAUUGAAUAUGAGAAUCAGAGUUCUCCUGAAUAUCAGGUUGUUCCAGAAUCUCCACCGUGCUAGAAAAUAGGUAUAAAAAAGGUAAUCAUCGUGUCGAGAACAAGGUUCAAUCUAAUCCACAAGUGCCUCCUGCUGUGGUCGAGAAUAGGUACAUAAAAGCUGAGCCAAGAAACAGGUUCCAACAACCAACACCGAAUACAGGUCCAGGUCCAGUGCCAGGGACAAGAGAUUCAAACAGGUGGGCACCCCCAAAUUUGAAUCAACCAAGACAUGUCCCGGUAUCGAAUACAAGUCCAGGUCCAGUACCAGGGACAAGAGAUUCAAACAGGUGGGCACCCUCGAAUUUGAAUCAACCAAGACAUGUCCCGGUAUCGAAUACAAGUCCAGGUCCAGUGCCAGGGACAAGAGAUUCAAACAGGUGGGCACCCUCGAAUUUGAAUCAACCAAGACAUGUCCCGGUAUCGAAUACAAGUCCAGGUCCAGUGCCAGGGACAAGAGAUUCAAACAGGUGGGCACCCUCGAAUUUGAAUCAACCAAGACAUGCACCAGUAGAUAUUAAUUUUAAUCCCAAAAUCGAUAGUCCUCCUGGAUCAAGAAACUCAAUGCCUUCCCGUGACGAUAUCAAUAAGAAUCCUAGAGGUCCGAAUACAACUCGAGGUCCGAAUACAACAAGUCCAGGCUACGGCCUUUUUAGUAGGGAUGCAUAGGAACAGAUAAGGGAACUCUCAGUAUAGAAUGAAUCUUUCAGGUGAUAUCAAAGUGGAGUUAGAUUAGAGUGGCAAACAAGUAGUAUAUUUACAAGGACAGGUUUUAUCCAAUGAUUCACACUAUUCAGUUAAGAAACAUGGAUGGAGGAUGAUGAAACAACGAAUCAGUUACUCCUCAGGCCUACAACUGUAUUUUUACCUUGGUUGAUAUGAAAAUGUUUUAUUUAUUUUGCUUAGUUUUGUAGGGAUUUUGCAUAAUCUAAUAUAUUUGGUACACAAAUUUGAGAGUUUUUCUUUCCAUAUUCAUUUUAUUUGACUGUUGAGAAGGGGUGGGGUGAUUUUACUACCCCUCUAGAAUUUUUAUAUGUAUAAGGUGAUUUACCAACCCAGAAUGCUAGCAAUAAUUCCAACUUUGUAUCAAACAUUAAAAUAAUGCAAAAUUAUGGGUUGCUAUGUUCA